ACUGCAUGCCGGACCAAUCAAACACGGUAACGUGUUUAUUUUACUUCGUAAACAUCGAACGUUCAGGAAAACCCGAAAAACCCGUUUUAUCAAGCUUUGAGUCCAAUAGUUGUAAUUUUCCCAUCGGGUGACAUACAUCGCAAUUUAGUUGCAUUUAUUAAUCUUCUUUAGCAAAUAAUAUAGUGAAUAUGAAGACUGAAACGGGUUACCUCCUGGCCAUGGUGACAAUAACGCUGGUCGGAUUGACCGGUCCCGCAUCAGCUCAACAUCCAGCAGCCCGUCCAAUUAAUAGCAAAGAGGUCAAGUGUCUCGUGUGUAAAGCCACAAUGAACGAAAUGGAAUCUGCGGUUUCGAAAAUUGAUCCAAGGAAGAAGAUUGACGUGGGAGAUUACCGGCUGGACGCAACCGGCGAUUCUAAAAAGAGGAAGACCAUCUCGUACGCUAAAUCCGAGAUGUACUUGACGGAACUGAUGGAGUCGGUUUGCGAUCGGAUGGAUGACUACGCGAAGGCCCGAUACAAGAAAAGUGGACGACCUACCAUCCUGAAAAUGAUGGUCGAUUCUGGCAUGAAUCCGGAAAUGUCGGAAGUGGACUUUGUCCAGGAGGGAGAUUUAAACAAGAGUCUCAAACAUCUCUGUCUGGAAAUCGUGGAAGAUCAAGAAGAGGCUAUCCUUAAGCUAUUUCAGCAGGAAGAUGAAAUCAAGGAUACCGAUAUUAAGCUGUGUUCCGAGAUGGCAAAUGUGUGUAACGACGAACCGAUUGAGGAGGAUUAUGAGUACGAGGGGGAUGAGGAUCGGGAUGAGCUUUAAGGGGGCAACUUGAAGCCAUAGUUGCGAUAGAUGAACAAGGUUGAACUGAACUGUGAGAACGAGAACAAGUACUAAAAUUAUUUCCAAUAAUAGAGCAUUAUUACUAGCGUUGCUUUGUUAACGAGGAUUGAUAUAUUUUAAGAGGAGGAAUAAAAACGUUUUUUCUGUGAAA